AUGGCCGGUGGACUCGUCAAGUACAGGCACCUGAGCCGCAAGUCGUCUGCCCGUCAGGCCCUCUUGCGCGGUCUGGUCACCCAGCUCGUCCACCACGAGCACAUCAUGACCACCCACGCCAAGGCCAAGGAGGCCCAGCGUCUGGCCGAGAAGCUCAUCACCCUGGCCAAGAGGAACAAUGAGACGAGCAGGAGAUCCGUCCAGGGCAUCCUCUACGACCCGCACCAGUACAUGACCAAGGUCUUCGAUAGCCUGAGGGAGCGGUACGCCGACCGGCAGGGAGGAUACACGCGCGUCGUCCGCACCGAACCCCGUAGCAAGCUCGAUCAGGCCGAGACGUCGAUACUCGAGUUCGUCGACGGCCCCAAGGACUCGCGCUUCAUGAUGACGGCCAAGACCGUCGCCAGGGACCGCCUCCUCGGCCGCGCCACCACCCCCGUCACCGCCGUCAACGUCAAGAAGGUGACGCUGUUCCGCGGAGAGGCCGCCUUCGAGGACAUGGUGCAGCGCUUCAUGACCCUCAGCACCGAGGAGCCCGAGCCGUCAUCCUCCUCUGCCGCAGCUGGCCGCGGAAGGAAGCACUGGGAGCCUAGGUUGGCUAAUCUCAAGAUGCCCAAUGAUUUCUCCACCACAGAGGCCAAGACUUUGGAGAAAUGA